UAGAAACCUUGGGUGAAAGUCCCCCAGCUUUAGUAACUAACCCAACUGCAUAGACUUUAGACAACCAUGUAAAGGGAUUCCACUGCCUGAAAGAGACCCAACUCCUCGUCACACCAUGGUGGAUGUGAAGUGUCUGAGGGACUAUGAGUUACAGCAUGAACUUAGUAAGCUCGGAUUCUCACCUGGACCAAUACUCCCUUCCACCAGAAAAGUGUAUGAAAAAAAGUUAGUGCAGCUGUUGGUCUCACCUCCCUGUACACCACCGGUGAUGAAUGGACCUGAGGGGCUGAACGGAGCUCAGGAUGAUGACGGCAGUAAAGAGCUUAAUGCCACUAUCAUUUUGAAAGGAAAUAUCAUUCUCUCAUCAGAAAAAAACAAGGGACCCAAAAAAAGACCCGAGACUUCCAUCACCAAACCAAAAGCCCUAGAUAUCAACUGCCUGGCUUAUAAGCAUUCUGUGGGAAUAAGGUUACCCACGAGAGCAUCAAACACCAGAUGCAGAGGACGGAGCACCCGAGAGACCGCCGACUGCCCCGUGAACAGGAGUUUUGGGUACGGGAACCUAGAAAUUCUUCCCAUGGGCUUGAAGCUCGCUGUGCUUGGUAUCUUCAUCAUUGUCAUCUUUGUUUACAUAACGGUGGAAAGGAAGCCCUUCUUUGGCUAAGUGCUUUAGGAACAGAGCAGGGAGGGAGCAGCUGAGCGCGGCUCCAAGCCUUCCAGCUGCAGGAAAGAACAGAAAGACUG